UAAGACCUCUAUAUAUUCGCUUAUUGAGCUUUGUAGUGGUAGAACCUCGUAAACCAGGCUAUUGCUUGACUUGCUUUUCUUGUCUUAUGAUAUAUUGAUAAGUUCAGCCCUUGCUCUUGCCUAUAAUAAGAGGUCAAAGAUCGAGUCGCCUGACGUCGUCUGUUUGUAGUUCUUGAUUCACUUAGUAUUACAUAGCCAAAUUCCUCAUUAUGUCGUCAUCAACUUCAGAACAAGUUGGAGAUGGAGGUAAUGGCCGUGGAGGAGGUUCUUCAUCUCGGAGACAACGUAGAGGUGGUGGCGGAAAUGGUGUUUGGCCGGAGCCAUUCUUGGAAGCUUUGGCCUCACAAAUGGCCAUUGAUACUUCCCGUUCCAUUGGUCGUCUUGCUGCUGCUCAAGCACUCUCUAAUAUUUUCCAGGUUUGUUCAACAUGGAGAGCAGUGUCACGUUCCGAUCUUCUCUGGCAAAACUUAACACGCCAAAUAUGGAACCGCCACCACCUUCUUCGUCAAACAUGGCACGACGAAUACAUUUACUGGCACCAAACUUCCAACAACUUCCACCAACAUAGAUACACUUACCACACUCUUCAUUUUACCCCCACAAACAACAACAACAACAACGAUGGUCUUUCUUGUCGUCGUCUUGCAUUAUCCGAUCACCAUUUAGCAGCGGGGUUUUCUGACGGUUCGGUUCAGUUGUUUCAUAUACCAACUAGGGUUCAUUUGUCUACAUUUCAUCCACAACAACGUGACAGGCUUGGGAGAUACUCUAGGGCUGUUUCGGGGAUUAUUUUGACGGAUGAGAAGGUUGUGUUUGCUUCAUUGGAUGGUGAUAUACAUGUAGCAGUUAUUGCCGGGGCGGAGGCUCCGCCCCACCGUGCUCAUUUAGGAGAUGUGGUCAAUGAUGGCGCGUUGGUGGAUUUCACCGGUUGUGAUCGGUGGUGGGUUGGUCUCUAUGCAGGUGUUCCGGACCGUCCAUUUCACAUAUGGAAUAGUGAAACGGAGGAAGUAAUCUUCGUCAACGGCGACUUAACCGAUCCCGAGGCAGUAAGGGGUUGGCACCUCCUCACCGAGCUAACCGAGCUCGUGGGCCGGGUCCGGGUCACGACCCAAGACACUGCCGUGGCAUGCACGGGCCCGCGCCUUGUAGUUAUUGACUUACGUAACCAAGGAAUGAUACUCCGAGAACGAUCCUUCCAACGAGGGCUCAUUGUGGGAUCUUUUGAUGCCACGAAUGAGUCGCUCAUGGUGGUGGACGGUCGGGGUGUCUCGACCGUCCUCAGGGUUGAGAAUUUGGAGGAAGUGUGUAGGUUUAACGUGAGGGGAGCAUCUCAACGGGGAGUUAGUGGGUGCCUGAAUAAUAGUGGGUAUGGAGUAAUGUGUGUUGGAGGGGUUGUUAGGGUUUGGGAUGUAGAACGUGGUGUGUAUCUUUAUAGUUUAAGGGAGAGAAUAGGGGAGGUAAAUGCCAUGCAUGCAGAUGAAAGGCAUAUAGUUGCUUGUUCUAGUGAUGGUACUAUUCAUUUGUGGGACUUUGGGGCUCAAUAGCAGUAGAAUAUUGGGGUUGUUAAUUAGGACAUUGCAGUUUGCAGUUUCCUAAUUGGUAUAGUUGAAAACAAUUAAACUAGGCUCGGGGGUGGGGAUGGGGUUGGGUGGAGGGAUUUAGGGUUCUGGGAAUUUUUCUUCUUGGGUAGAAAUGAA